UUCCCUGGCAAAUUUUAUGUUUGUUAAACUAUGAACUAUUACUAUACUCCAAGAAAGAGACAUGACCAAACUGAACUUUUGUCUCGGCGUGUGCAUCGGUCUGAGCAUGACCGCCAUAAUCCAAGUGUUUGACGUCACCAGCACGUUCAAAGACUUCUACGUUCGUAACGUCAGUCCUCAGCGCUGGAGCAACUCGCCUUAUGUAAGUUAACUAAAAGGAUUUGUGUCGUUGGGUUUCAACAUUUGCUGAAGACGACAUUAGAAAGUCUUGUGCCGAGCAAAGUCUACCUCGGCGUGGCAAAGUCUACCUCGGGGUGGCAAAGUCUACCUCGGGGUGGCAAAGUCUACCUCGGGGUGGCAAAGUCUACCUCGGGGUGGCAAUGCGAGAGUUUCCCUCAUCAUUUAGAGCUCUGCGUAUGUCUAAAAAAAAAUAUUUAUUAACACAUAUUUCGCAUGAAAAGUGUUGACAGUAGCGUCACCUGCAAUUGCAGACCUGGGAGAUUCCCUUUUCGUAUGUUCUGAGUGGAGAUUGGCGUUUGUCUUUCUUUGACUAAAAUCAAGUUAUUGUGUUAACUUUAAAAUGGUUGGAUUUUAUCGGUAUGGGUAAAAUCUUUAAAUCGUAUAAAGACUUUAAAACAAGUUUUAAUUAUUUUCUAGUAUAGAGUAUGGAAUGGCCUAUCUUUAACUUACACAUUCACCACCACUUGACCCAUUAUAUUGCCAUGAUAUUGACGUCAGCGUGUAAAUGUGAUGUGUAAUCUCUUACCCACAUCACACUUGGUUGGGAAAAGGUAGUUCACUUUCGAAUGCGUUCCAUUUGUUCUCAAGAAUACCAUUAGGUGACGCAAUGUCUAGAAUUUCUGUACCACCGCGCUCGGAUUUAAUUUCUAUAGAUAUGACCAUCAGGAUUUUUUAACAGAUUAGACAGAGAAAGAUAGAGAAAGAGGGAGGUUCUGGCUAUUUGAGUGUCAAUGAUAUGAGAAUCCCUGUUGUUAGUGUGAACGCAAUUUAUUUUCUUUGAAAUGUGUCACGGGUUGUGUCACGGGUUGUGUCACGGGUUGUGUCACGGGUUGUGUCAUUGUGUCACGGGUUGUGUCACGGGUUGUGUCACGGGUUGUGUCAUUGUGUCACGGGUUGUGUCACGGGUUGUGUCACGGGUUGUGUCAUUGUGUCACGGGCUGUGUCAUUGUAUCACUGGUUGUGUCAUUGUGGCACGGGUUGUGUCAUUGUGUCAUUGGAUGUGUCAUUGGUUGUGUGUCGUUGUGUCACGGGUUGUGUCACGGGUUGUGUCACGGGUUGUGUCAUUGUGUCACGGGCUGUGUCAUUGUAUCACUGGUUGUGUCAUUGUGGCACGGGUUGUGUCAUUGUGUCAUAGGAUGUGUCAUAGGUUGUGUCACGUGUUGUGUCAUUGUAUCACGGGUUGUGUCAUUGUGUCAUGGGUUGUGUCACGGUUUCACGAGUUGUGUCAUUGUAUCAUGGAUUGUGUCAUUGUGUCACGGGUUGUGUCAUUGUGUCACGUGUUGUGUCAUUGUGUCACGGGUUGUGUUAGGAGUUGUGCCCAUCUGUUGGACGUUGCAUACCAUGAUUGGGUGAGCGCCUGGACAUUGUGUAGAUUGGUUUACGUUUAAACCAGAGUAUUUUUACCCCCGGGGAUCAAUACCGUGGCCGGACUUUGAAACUUACCCCUGCGGUGUAAAAUACGGCCAGGAUGAGCUAUUCCGAUUUGAAGGUAUCCUGCUGUUUUCAUGUAUCGCGCUGUGCAAUUUCCUGAGCCGGCUGUAACCCGCUGUUUCCGGUACACUGAUGUGACUGUAUUCUGAGGCACAAUAUCCUGAUUUUGCUGUGUCCCUCUGCCCGUAACAGUGACAAGUAGCCUGCGCUUGCUGCUGUGGAAAAGUCUAUGUCCAUGUAGAAAUAACCGUUACACCCCAGAUAACGCCAUUUCUUAAUCUGACAUUGCCGAGGCGAUUUUCCUGAGUAGGAAUGAGUAAAUAUUGAAAUAAAUAAAUUGUUGAUUAUUUCGAUGAUGUGGUGGAGGUGAGCUUUUCUUGACCUGAGUUGGGAACAGGGGAGAAAGCUGUUAAGAUUGUCCGCGGUUUUUUUUUUUUAUUCAAGAGAUAGCGAGAGCCUGGUGUUCAUCGAACGUGAGAUCAAGGACAGCUCGAUAGUCAAGCCAUAUAAAUGUUUGACAAUUUGUUUUGAACAGAAGUGUGUGAGUAGCCAUCAAUGUGCAGGGAUUGAUUUUGUUGAGGAGGGGAGUGUUAAUCAUAUGUUGGUAAGUGUGUCUGUUGAUAAUAUGUUGGUAGGUGAGUGUUGAACAUAUGUUGGUAGGUGAGUGUUGAACAUAUGUUGGUAGGUGAGUGUUGAACAUAUGUUGGUAGGUGAGUGUUGAGCAUAUGUUGGUAGGUGAGUGUUGAACAUAUGUUGGUAGGUGAGUGUUGAACAUAUGUUGGUAGGUGAGUGUUUAACAUAUGUUGGUAGGUGAGUGUUGAGCAUAUGUUGGUAGGUGAGUGUUGAACAUAUGUUGGUAGGUGAGUGUUGAACAUAUGUUGGUAGGUGAGUGUUGAACAUAUGUUGGUAGGUGAGUGUUGAACAUAUGUUGGUAGGUGAGUGUUGAACAUAUGUUGGUAGGUGAGUGUUGAGCAUAUGUUGGUAGGUGAGUGUUGAACAUAUGUUGGUAGGUGAGUGUUGAACAUAUGUUGGUAGGUGAGUGUUUAACAUAUGUUGGUAGGUGAGUGUUGAGCAUAUGUUGGUAGGUGAGUGUUGAACAUAUGUUGGUAGGUGAGUGUUGAACAUAUGUUGGUAGGUGAGUGUUGAACAUAUGUUGGUAGGUGAGUGUUGAACAUAUGUUGGUAGGUGAGUGUUGAACAUAUGUUGGUAGGUGAGUGUUGAGCAUAUGUUGGUAGGUGAGUGUUGAACAUAUGUAGGAAGUGAGUGUUGAACAUAUGUUGGUAGGUGAGUGUUGAGCAUAUGUUGGUAGGUGAGUGUUGAACAUAUGUUGGUAGGUGAGUGUUGAACAUAUGUUGGUAGGUGAGUGUUGAGCAUAUGUUGGUAGGUGAGUGUUGAACAUAUGUUGGUAGGUGAGUGUUUAACAUAUGUUGGUAGGUGAGUGUUGAACAUAUGUUGGUAGGUGAGUGUUGAACAUAUGUCGGGUUGUGAGGGUUUUUUUUAUUCUGAUGUGAUUACUAAAUAUGUUGUUAAGAGAGAGAGAGAAAGGGGGUAUUGCUGUGGCUUUGUCCAUUCUGACUAUGAUUAGCUUUGUGCUUUGAAUGUUGGGAAUAUGAUCUGUCAACUUAUAAGUGACGCGUUUGAACAGUCCUACACCCUACAUGUAGGCAUUUAAACAAAAUCCCAAACAGACAGUCUUACACCCUACCUGUCGGCCUUUACACAAUGGGCCUACAGACAGUCCUUCACCCUACCUUUCAGCCUUAAAACAAUAGUCCUACAGAUAAUCCUACAGACAGUCCUAUAGUCAGCACAGCACCAUACCAGUAUACUUGUGUAUUCUGUAAAAUUAUUGUUAAAGCUUACCUUAUGUUGUUAUAUUGACUCAAAUUGUUGGUGUCUAAUUAAUCAAUUUUAAAGCUUAAUCGCUGUCCAAAUCUUUUUAUAAUUCGUUAACCACACACGUGGCUCUUUAUUGAAUUAUUAUAUUUAACUGCCCUUAAGGACAUUUUUCAAACAAAGUUCACACGUCACACAUGGCAGCCUUUUUCCUCAGUGCUAUUAAUAUAACAAAUGUGGGGUUUGGGGAAGGGCGGUUUCGGAAAGGAAGCAUGACACACCAGAAGCAAAUUAUAUGUAUAUAUAAGAAAUGAUAGUUUGGGAUAAACUACAAAAUUGUUAAUGAAAACAGCAGACGCUGCAGAGAAGUAAAAAGAUAUUGUCCAGGACGUGGAAUAUCACUAAUUGUAAGAAUAUGGUGCCGUCACGGGUUUGGACCAUGAAAAGGGUUAAAUGCAAUUUUUGUAGGAAAAGUUUGUUAAGGAUAUUUUUUAAUGAAAUUUGAGAUGGCAUUAAAAAAAAUACCGAUUAUCAAAUUCACUGCAGUUGUUGUUUUAAGCAUUGAUGUGUUGUAAAUGUAUGAUCCUUGUCAGUGAUUCCCUACCCGAAAGUUUCGUUUGUAUAAAGAUUAUACUCGGAGAGUAGAAACUUAAAGGAAAGUGGUGGGGAUGAUUCAAGUGUAUGAGAAUCACUGUACUUAGUAUGAACGCUGUUUAGUCCGCGAGUUGUGUCAUGAGCUGUGUCGUGAGCUGUGUCGUGAGCUGUGUCGUGAGCUGUGUCGUGAGCUGUGUCGUGAGCUGUGUCGUGAGCUGUGUCGUGAGCUGUGUCGUGAGCUGUGUCGUGAGCUGUGUCGUGAGCUGUGUCGUGAGCUGUGUCGUGAGCUGUGUCGUGAGCUGUGUCGUGUCAUGAGUUGUAUUACUGUGUCGUAAUGAUCAAUGUGGGUUUUGGGGGGGGGGCAGAAAAUGCAUAAUAAACAAAUGUGUGAAUAUAAGGAUGAGAUCGAGAGAGUUCAAUGAAGUUAAAUACGGAAAGGGUUCAUGCGAGAUACAGUGAGUGAGUGCGUUUUGAACAUACUGGCUUUGGUUAUGAAAGAUAAUGUAACCAGUUUGAUCUGUCUGACAGAUGUGCAGAAUAAAGGUGAGCCGUGUUAUUUCAUGAAGUAUUUGUGUUCUAGUACUCAGCGUGCCUGGUUCUCAGUCCAUAUGGGCUCAGUGAUACUCCUUCGUUUGGACGUAAAUAUUUACGUACGCUAUGUAAACACUCGAUAUAGAUUUCUUUUUUUUUUAAUAUGCAGACAUCUUGUCAACAAAAGUCGUCCAGUUUUGAGAACCCUUCGAAAAAAACAGAGGAAAAGCUGAUGGGUUCACGGCUAGCCAGCUUUGAGGUUGACAGUUUCCACAAAGGUAUUUCACGUUAUUCAAUCUUUGGAUGAAGAUGUGAUUAAAAUUUGUAGAAUAAUUGAAGACGGCAAAUGAAUAAAUGGUUUUGCAAACUUAGCUCUUAUCAAUACGUCUACGCAGUUUAGGGAAGAUAUAUAUUUUACUGCAAAGCUUUCCAUUUUGACGAGUAUUGCUGAUUAUAGUAACUUAAAGCGUUUUGAAAUAUGUGGGGGGGGGGGGGUAUUUUAUAUUUUCACAAGCUACAUAUGUUUGUUAUUACACGAAACAAAUCAAUGAAACAUAUUGGACAUAUAUAUGGGCAUAUUUUCACAAGCUACAUAUGUUUGUUAUUACACGAAACAAAUCAAUGAAACAUAUUGGACAUAUAUAUGGGCCCAUACACUGAAUGAGUUCAGUAGCACCAAAGAUUUUGAUCCUUUGAUUUUAUUUUGAACUAUUUUAAAAUCAAAUGAACUAACUAAAAAUUUCUUUAUUUUUUCAUUUCAGACAACGAUGCUAUAGUGAAAAAUCUUUUUAAAACGGUUCGCGUUGCAUGCUGGAUAAUGACAUCUCCGAGCAACCUAGACAAGUAAGCCAACAACCGCAAGUCUACACAUAACGGUCUGCAAGCACUAUGUACUACACACUCUGCACUAUACCCAUAAGCCUCUGCACGUCACAAACCACAUUCAGAAGACUUAACUCAUGACACAGGAAAAAACACACACAGCGUGCUUUUUUUUUUUACUUAAACAUCCUGCUAGUAUAAUGGGGUAACUAUCUAUAACAAAAUUGAGAUGAUCAAUCUAAUGACGAUAACAAAAUAUGGUCAGUGCAUUGACGAAUGUACAACUAUAAAAAGAAAAUGUAUCUUUGUACAUUUUUCAAAGUUAUACUGAGCGCAAUGCAGCAGUUACAAAGCGCCGUUGUAAGAAACGAGCGAGGAGUUAAGAAUUAUUUGUAAAAUAUCAUAUCACUUUAUGUCAUCUUUAACCUGUUUUGACAGAUGUAAAAUGGUGUAGAGGGAAAUAGCCUCGGUUCAUACAGUAACAACCGCACCGAAUAAAAAAAAUCUGCUGGCCUAUCAUUUUCUCUUUUUUUUCUUUUUUUUUUUGGCGCAGAUUGCGAUUCGUGUGAAUAAGUUUCUCAUAUUUUGUACUGACAGAAUUGCGUUUUGUGAAUUCAUUUAAGAAGAAUUCAAAUAUCGUCAUAUUAGCAAAGUGGCAUUUCAUGUGAAAAAAAAAAAGUAGCAGUUCUACCUAUUUUUCCUGACAGAAAGGCGAUUCAUGUGAAGAACACCUGGACCAAGAGAUGCAAUGUUGUCGUGUUCAUCAGCUCUGAGAGAAAUGACAGAUUUCCUACCGUAGGAGUGAAUGCCAGUGAAGGGAGGAAACAUCUCACUGCGAAAACAAUGCAGGUGACAAAGUGUGACAGGAGCAUCCUUCCCUUAACAUUGGCUUAUUUCGUUUUGUUUUUUGUAUUUUUCCUUAAAUCCCGUGGAAAUGGUUAAGAGAAGGGCAGAGAGUUCUCUUCUUUUUCUUACCGUAACAGAAAUUAUAAAAACCCACAACGUGGACCUCUAGUAUACAUGACACAUGGCGGGAGGUCCAUCAACUGUAAUUCCCCGCGACAUAUCCUCAGUAUCCUCGGAGAGAACAGAUUUCCCAUAGAAAAAGUCAUCCUAAAAAGGGAAAGGCUUUGUUAAUUUAUUUGAAAAGAAUUAAAAGUUAUAUUUAGAAUUGUGGGCAAUGGUGGAUUGGGUUUGAAAAAAAGUAUCAAGCUAAGUAAAUUUAUUUGAAUUAAAUGUGUCCCUUUAUAACUAAAAUAUUUACUCAUGGUCUCUACUGGAGAUAGCUUAGAAGGACUUAGGUAUCGUUAGUAAAGACUUAAUUUGGUAGUUAUCGAUCAAUCAAUUCUCUUUUAUUAUCCCAACACUGUAUUUGUGGAUCUUAACAUGUGGUAAUAGUAAACAUACGGGUUCUAAUCUAUUUUUAUGUACUAUUACAUAACUUCGUUUUUGUUCGAAUUUGGCUGGAAAAAAAUAUUUGGACGGCUAACUGACCCACUUCCCGUCAACCUAUCAAGCUGAAAUCAGGCAUAUAGACUCCGUGCCAACGACAACAUAGAUUUUCAUUUCCCACCUCCAGCCAAAACCCCGGAAAAAAAGUUUUUCUUGUCGUCCAGGUAGAACCUGAAGGAUAUAUGAUGACACUGAUUUCACAACAUAAAAUUCCAAAUAACUGCGCUAAAUAAGAUUCUCUUUUAAACAAACAAAAAAUUACCGAAAUGCAUUGGGUGCGUAAUAGUUUCUUUUCUUUUUUUACCAAAAGUUUGGGGAAAAUAAAACAUAUGACCCAAUCAAACUCUCAGAUUGGUCAGUCUUUAUAGGUCCCAAUGCUAUGUAUUAUAUGAACGGGGGAAAUUAACAAUAUCAUUAUUGUUUCCCAUCAGUGGUUCACACAUUCAUAUCGAUAUUCGUAAAAAUGAUUUGUUGAUUUAUAAAAUACAUAAGACAUCUUACAUGUAAAAAAAAAACAAGCAGUUAACUCUAACCACAAUUUAAAAUCUCUCUCCUUCUAAACAACAUCUUCUCCAAAAGGCCUUCGAAUAUCUUUACGACCGCCAUCUUGAUGACGCAGACUGGUUCCUCAAAGCGGACGACGACACCUACGUCAUCAUGGAAAACCUCCGCUACUUCCUGUCAGGCGAAGACCCCGAAAAACCGGUUUACUUUGGGCAACGUUACAGACCCUACGUCAAACAAGGGUACGCCGCUGGUGGGCCGGGCUACGUCAUCAGCAAAGAGGCCCUAAGGAGGUAUGGACAGAGGGGUUCUCAAAACUUUUCCCUGUGUAGAAACGACAGUGGAUACGAGGACGUGGAAUUCGGGAGGUGCCUGGAAAAGCUGGGUGUCAUCUUGAAGCCAAGUCUGGACGCACAGAACGGGACCCGCUUUCAUAAUUGGACGCCAGAGUCCUACCUCUGGGCCCAGUUCCCUAAAGAAUUCUUAGCAUACGAUUUUGAGAAUGGAAGAGCGGUGAGUGUGUCCACUGCAUGCUCGAAGCCGGGCUUAGGGUACUGAAAGACUUCCAAACUGUAAGAUUCUGACUCUGUUUAAUAAAUGUCCAGCGUUACUAAACGACUCUAAAACUUUAUGAAAUCACUUCUUCUUGAUCAUUGAACUGGAGCUUUAAUUUAACUGUUAAAAAAUUCUACAAAUUAUUUAUAAUGAAACUCAGCUGGUCGUAAACCGUUAUUAAAUCUGCAUAUUAUGUCUGAUACAAGUAAAUUAGUUUGUCAACGUUUCUUAAGCUUCUCCUCCAUCAAUGUUUAAUUUUUUUUUUUUUUUUUUGUUUUUUGUGAAAUUAUUUUUUUUUUUUUUUUUUUUUUUUUUUUAUGUUUAUUGAGACAUCAUAAUUCUUUAUUUUAUUUUUUUUUUUAAAGUCUAUGAACCGAUAAGUCAAAACACAUGUUACAGGUACUCAGUCAUGAUAUGAAGUGGAAAGGUAAAACAUAGCAGACUUUAAAACUUGAAAUGAAAGGACACUUUUUUAAAAAGAAAAUGGUCACCAAAGAAAUUGAUAUAAAGAAUUUUCUAUGAUUCUUUUCUUUUAACUUGAUAAUCAGAAAAAUCAUUUUAAUGGUCGAACGACCAAUUAUCUUACUUAGAAACAUCACACGAAGAUUUAAGCUGAUUAAUUUUGAUCUCAAAUCUAUAGUAACAAAUUUAUGGAUUAAACUCUGUAUGACAUCAAAAGAAAGGUCCAUUAAUGUAUGUCUAUGUUCACCUGCUUAUUACUGAAGUGAAUCUUUCACGUAUUUAUGGAAAUUUUUUAAGGAGAGCCUAAAGUAUUCCCUUUGACAAAAAUGUCCAACUUUAAAAAAAAAUUAUUUUUUUUUUUUAAAGUCUAAGAACGUGUCUAUAAAAUCUUAUAAAGUCCUCUCACCAGGGGCGUAACUAAAAUGUUUGGAGCCCAGUAAAAAAAUGUAUGUUUUCGCCUUAAACACCCUGGCGCCCGGGGACAUUUCUGCCAUCUGCCCCCUCCCCCCUUUUUUUCGCUAUGUUACUGACACUGUUUGGCUCAUAGAAAAUUUCCCGUAAAAUCAAGAUUCAAUUAUUUAUUCAAGUUGACUUCUUUCAAUCUAUUUCAGUUAACAACAUUCACAUAAUACCAUUUGUUCAGACUUUCAAUUAAUCAUGACUUUAUAGUACAUUUUCUUUUCUAAAGAUGAUUAAUAGUGAUUUUUUUUUAUUAUCUGUUCCCUCCAGGGUAUUGAAAACGUCAGCGACUACGCCAUUGCCUUCCACUACAUUUCUCCGACUAAAAUGUACGACCUGGAGUUUUUCAUCUAUCAUUUACGCCCUUACGGAAUACUCAACAUCCCACGGAAGCUUAACGUUGUCACGUGAUCCCGCUUAGUUGAAGCAUCCUGUGUUUUUUUUUUACUUCUUUUUUUUUUAGUGUGUAACGGGAAAUGUAAAUUUUUCAUGAUUUCUUGUGUAUCCUCUAUACCAAAAAGAAAUACUUUAUUAUACACAUUAUACUAUGAUCGAGUUAUCUUGAUGCAUUGUUGAAUAACAUGAGGUAUUUUUGGGGAAACUUGUAUCUGAUCCCUUGCUUACAUUUCUCUACUUUUUGCGUGAUAGUUAUUAAAUAACAUAGAACAUUAACUACAAGAUUUUACUUCCUUAAAUACUUUUUAUAUUGGUACAUUUUAAGUCACACUUGAUUUUCUCCCUUUACAUUUCUUAUGACAUAUUUCACUACCGAUUGUUGCCCCUGACCUUUCAUUCUAUCCCCUUGUUAUGUUUUCCCUAUCACCCUUGCUUUUUUUUUUUUUUUGGCUUAACCGCUUCCUUCGGUUCCAUUAAAAUUUCUUUUUUGCGGGUUAUUGACUUUUGUUAUUUUUUGCCAUAAAACUAAGGUACAAACUUUGAACGCUGUCCACAGUGUGGUCCUAUCAGUUUCCACUCUCGGUUCUAAACGGCUGUUAUCGUGACAUCGCGCAUGUAUAACUCCGUGAAGCCACUUUGUGAAAAACUAAUCAGCAGAGAUGUUAGUCUAUGCUGAUCCCAUGGUUAAUCAAUCAGCCCACAACUGAUAUCUUGUCAUCUCUGACAUCGUUUUCAAGUAUAGGAAGGGCUGGUUUUCAACAUUCUUACAAAGGUGUCCCUCUUUAUCCAAUUUUUCCAAACCUUAUUCUCUGUUCCCUAAAUGAAUUUUUUUUUCUUCCAAAGUGUCACACCACCGACUAACGUAACAAGGAG